GAUGGCACCAGAUAAAACAAUUGCCAAAAGACAAAUUGAAGGAUGUAAAAAAGAUAAAACACAUAUUACAAUUGUUUUUACUGCAAAUGUAGAUGGUUCUCAUAUACUAGAGCCUCUUAUAAUCAGUCAUUCAAAAAAAUCUAGAUUAUUUAAAAAAAAAGUG